UAAGCUCGGGUAGAAAUGGUAGUUUUUGAUAUACACGAGCUGAAAAUGGUCAAUAUGUCUCGCACUCCCUCUGCAACAACAACAUCUUCUCCUUUCUUGCAUGUUUUGGUUCGUACAGCUGGAAAAAUGGGCAUCCACAACCUCUUUCGAUCCACUCUCAGAGCCCAGCUUGGUUUGUAUGUAAAACAAUUUGCCGCCACCACAAGUUUGCAGGAGCGUCUGCUUCCACUUCCCAUACUAGCCAGAUUAAGCAGUACAGGGGCAUCUUUGCAAAAGGAAGAUAAAACAGCAGAUUUGAAAAAUGAUGAAGGGUUUAAGGGGCACGAGAUGCUUGCACCUUUCACGGCAGGGUGGCAGUCUUCUGAUUUGAAUCCUUUGGUAAUAGAAAAGUCUGAGGGCUGCUAUGUUUAUGACAUAAAUGGGAAAAAAUAUCUAGAUUCUCUCGCUGGUCUGUGGUGCACAGCUUUAGGGGGAAGUGAACCUCGACUUGUUGCUGCUGCAACUGAACAGUUGAAUAAGUUGCCAUUCUACCAUUCCUUUUGGAACCGUACUACAAAACCUUCCUUGGAUCUGGCAAGGGAACUUUUAGAAACUUUUACGGCAACAAAAAUGGCAAAAGCCUUCUUUGUAAACAGUGGAUCAGAAGCCAAUGAUACUCAGGUGAAGCUGGUUUGGUAUUACAAUAAUGCACUUGGAAGACCAAAUAAAAAGAAAUUUAUAGCUCGAGAGAAGUCGUAUCAUGGUUCAACUUUGAUAUCAGCUAGUCUUUCUGGCCUUCCUGCUUUGCACCAAAAAUUUGAUCUGCCAGCUCCAUUUGUAUUGCAUACUGAUUGCCCUCAUUACUGGCGCUUUCAUCUUCCAGGAGAAACAGAGGAGGACUUCUCAACCAGAUUAGCCAAUAAUUUGGAGAAUCUUAUCCUCAAAGAAGGACCAGAGACGAUUGCUGCUUUCAUUGCUGAACCUGUCAUGGGGGCAGGAGGCGUUAUACCUCCUCCUGCAACAUAUUUUGACAAGAUUCAAGCUGUUGUAAAGAAAUAUGACAUUCUUUUUAUUGCGGAUGAGGUGAUUUGUGCAUUUGGAAGGCUGGGCACAAUGUUUGGGUGUGACAAGUACAACAUAAAACCAGACCUUGUGUCCCUUGCAAAGGCCCUUUCUUCUGCAUAUAUGCCUAUUGGAGCUGUACUUGUGAGCCCCAAAGUAUCAGAAGUCAUACAUUCUCAAAGCAACAAACUCGGUACUUUUUCUCAUGGAUUUACUUAUUCUGGACACCCAGUAUCCUGUGUCGUUGCAAUUGAAGCACUGAAGAUCUACAAAGAAAGAAAAAUUGCCGAUCAAGUAAAGAGCAUUUCCCCGAUGUUCCAAGAUGGUGUAAAAGCAUUCUCGGACAGUCCCAUAAUUGGGGAGAUUCGGGGAACUGGAUUGAUUCUUGGAACAGAGUUUGUAGAUAAUAAGUCCCCUAGUGACCCAUUCCCUCCUGAAUGGGGGAUAGGCUCUUAUUUUGGAGCACAAUGUGAGAAGCAUGGAAUGUUAGUACGUGUAUCAGGAGAUAACAUAAUGAUGUCUCCUCCAUUUAUUAUCUCCCCCAAAGAAAUUGACGAGCUAAUAAGCAUUUAUGGAAAAGCGUUGAGGGCUACUGAAGAGAGGGUGAAGGAACUCAAGUCUCAGCAGAAAUAGUUUGAUGUUGAUAAUGCCGAAAAAUCACCUUGCUUCAUGUAAAGCAACAUCAAUUAUCUUAGUGACUUGUGAGACAAAUGGCAUUUUUUUUUUUUUUGAUAUCGAGACAGAUGGUAUUAAAUAAAGCAUCUAUGUUAUAACC